AUGGAAGUACCUUAUAAGCAAUUCUUUUUAUCAUAUGCUUAUGGACUCUCUUCUAUGACUUAUUUUCAUAAUUUUUUUGUUUCAGUAUUUUUGUAUAGAUCUGGAAUCGCAAAUGUAACAAAUAUUUUGAAAAUAAUUUUUAACUUAAGUGGAGUCACCUGGUCAGCGAUACGUUAUAAUCUCUUGAUGGCCGUCUCGAUAUAUCAUUGUAGAGUUUUAAUUUACCUAGAAGUAUUCACUAAUUUUUUAUAUAGAGAAACAUUAGCCGCUUUCCUGUUAUGGAGAUUAAAACAAAUUGAAUAUUCCGCUUGGGAUCGGUGGAUAAGUUUUGCUUUGUUUACUUUUAGAACUGUAUUAAAUUUGAUUGUAAUCAAUUAUUAUCAGCCGAUCCUUGAUAGUGAUGAAUAUUUGCAGGAAUGUAAAUCUGACUCAGAGGUCGCGAGAUAUAUUCAACUAGGCUAUAUUUCUAUUGAUGUUUUAAUAGAUUUUUUCGUGACAGUCCGUUUAGUACAAAUAUUAAAUGAGGGAAAUCGUAAUUCUGCCCAGGCCAACUCAAUAAUCGGUAGACGCAAUCCAAAACGCACAUUGUUCACCGCAGUGUUGUAUUGGAAUUUCAUGAGGAUGACGGUCGAUUUCAUAUAUAAUGUCAUGGCAAUAUUAAAUAUAUAUAUCGAUAAUGAUAAAUUUUAUUUCGAAGUAUUAAACGGAAUUCAAUGUUUCGCCACUAUAGCUCAGUCAUAUUUGAUUACAGUUGACGCUGAGAUCGUUAAAGUGAUCGAAGGAAAUCAAAAUAGAACCAUUAUAAUUGCAUUUGAUAGAAAUAAUUUAUCUAUAGUAUCAUUCAGAAAAUUUAUCAUGUCAACACCUUCAACUUCAAGAGAAAUGGAAGAAGGUGAAAGAGAUUCCAUAAAACCUUCUUCCUUCACUUCUAUUUCCACUUCUAAUUCGUCAUCACAAACGUCAGGAUCAAAAUCUCAAAAACAUAAAUCUUGGAGAAGAGAUUCAUUAAAUAGACAACAAAAAACUGCUUCUUUUAGACUUAAUAAAAACAAAUUUGUUGUUGUAUCAAUGCAGAGGUUGACAUUCUUUGAAUGGGCAAAUUUAAUAAUUUCUGAUGAUAAAAAAGAAAACAUCAGAUCAUCGGAUGAAGUUUUAGGUUUACUAGAUAAUUGUGAUCCACCUGCAAUGGUUCAUAUAAGUCAAUCUAGACGUGAACUAUGCAAGUGUGCUAAAAAUGAUCCUAGCUUAACUCGAGAUAAAUUAGCUAAAGAUUUUGAAAUUAGUCGAAGCACAGUUUCAGUAAUUUUAUCAGAAUCAAACAAAUGGCUUUCUGUUGAUGAAACUGUUUCAACUGCUCAAUUUAAAAAGAAUCGGCAAGCAAAUUGGAGAAAACUCUAG